CUCGGCCCCAAGCUCCAUCCAACGUCUUAUUUAAGUAGUGUCACUCGCUGUGUUUUCUCAGAAUUUUUACUCUUGUUCCUGAAAGUCAUCAAUCCUCAGUCUCUCAGUCUAGUCUUUCGUUCAGUACCACUGUACUCUCAUCCACUCGUUCACCAUCCACUCGUUCACCAUCCACUCCUACAGUCCUGCAAUCAACCAAGCCUACUACAACACUACAACACCACACCACACCAUACCAAACCAACAAACCCACAAUCACCACCACCAAGAUGAGCGGAGAACAAGAAUGGUCCAACGGCUUCUUUGACUGCUGCUCGCCGUGCAACACCUGCUGUCUCGCCUUCUGGUGUCCCUGCUGCCUCCACGGCCGGACCGCCUCGCGCCUCAAGGACCCUGCUCUCAAGGCCCAUGGGUCGAUGAACGGUGAUUGCUGCCUCUACUUCCUAGUAGGCUACUGCGGCCUACACUUCAUCCCGCUAAUGAUGAAGCGCGGCAAGUUGCGCGACAUGUUCCAGCUGAAGGGCGGCGGCUGCGGCGACUGCUUCCGGUCGUUCUGCUGCCCUUGCUGUACGCUGAUGCAGCAUGAGAAGGAGGCUGAGGCCAGGGCUGCGUUGCUCGAGAAUGGUGGGUAUAGGGCGCCGCAGGGGAUGGAGUAUAAGUGAUUGGUUGAUUCUUGAGG